GCGCCAAAGCUCAGACAGCGGCCACUCUUCAGGAUAUCAACACACUGCGGAGGGCAUUUAAACGCACUCUACUGUCGCUACGGCUUACUAUACACAUCGGAGUGUUCGCGUUGUUGUGUUUUGGUUUUUUUUUGGUCACUUAAGAGGACUGUUUUUCGUCUGCUGCGCUUGAGUCGAGACACACAAGUCAGAUUUAAUGCCGGUUUUCGGGAAAAGGGUGUACGACUUCACGGUCGUGACACGACUUUGACGGGCGCGGUGCGGCGGAGUUGGCGCACUGCUGGACUGGAUAUAUUAUUCGCUUGAAGCCAAGACGGUCUUGCAGCACCAUUCACACUGCGCUUGAACACUUCUCUCCCCUGACUUACACGCCGGCUCUUCUGACUCUCGACGAGUGAAAAGGGAUUCGGCUUUUCAGCUCGAAUAUGUUGCUGUCAAAGUUCGGUUCAUUUUCGCAUAUUUGCACCCCUCCAAGUAUGGACCAUCUACCAGUGAAAAUACAACUUCAGUCGGUUAAAGCGGAAAAGGAGCCUUUCGAGAAGGUUUACCAAGUGGGGUCGGUGCUGGGCAGCGGAGGAUUUGGCACAGUGUACGCCGGCAGCCGGAUCUCCGAUGGCGCACCGGUUGCUGUGAAACAUGUCGCGAAGGAGAGGGUGACCGAGUGGGGCACAAUUAACGGAUCCAUGGUGCCUUUGGAGAUCCUGCUGCUGAAGAAGGUCAGCUCGACGUUUCGCGGAGUUAUCAAAAUGCUGGACUAUUACGAGCGGGCGGACGGCUGGCUGAUCGUUAUGGAGAGGCCGGAGCUCGUCAAGGACCUUUUCGACUUCAUCACGGAGAAGGGCGCCCUGGACGAGGACACGGCUCGGGGCUUUUUCCGCCAGGUUUUGGAGGCGGUCAGACACUGCUACAGCUGCGGUGUAGUACACAGAGACAUCAAAGAUGAAAACCUGCUUGUGGAUCUACGCACCGGGGAGCUCAAGCUUAUUGACUUUGGCUCGGGGGCGAUUCUCAAGGACACAGUCUACACCGAUUUCGAUGGUACAAGAGUGUACAGCCCACCAGAGUGGAUCCGCUUCCAUAGAUACCAUGGUCGCUCUGCGACGGUGUGGUCGCUAGGCGUGCUGCUUUAUGACAUGGUGUGUGGAGACAUCCCCUUUGAGCAGGACGAGGAGAUCCUCAGGGGUAGACUGUACUUCAGGAGGAGGGUUUCAGCCGAGUGCCAGCAGCUGAUCAAAUGGUGCUUGGCCCUUCGGCCCUCAGACCGGCCCACCCUGGAGCAGAUUUGCGACCACCCCUGGAUGAGAGCGACGACAGAGUCGCCCAAGUCACCGGAGGAGCCGGUCGCCGUCGACAUCCGCCUCAGGACCAUCGACACAGACUCUUCUUCAAGCACAAGCUCAAGCAAGGAGAGUCUCUGAGGACGGCUCUGAUUGGACUGAAAAAGACUUUCUGGGGAAAGAAGGGGUUUGGAUGGAGGGAGUGAUAUGGACUCGAGGCCAGCAGCCUGUAGCCCAACUGGCCCAUCUGCGGCUGGGCGCGUCACUCAGCUGCUCCAGCUCAAAAAAUGUACUUUAAUUUUCCUCUUUUGUAGGGAAUUUCUAAGUUAUUACUAUUUGUUCUUCCUUAUCUUACUUUCCCCCCAUCCCCUCUUUUUCUUUCGGUUGAUUAUACUUGUUUCCUAAUCGGGAACAUUUUUCUGUUUGGGCGGUCUUACCAGCACUAUUUAUUUUCCCCCCCUUUUUAACUUUAUUUCACUCGUUUUGUUACUAGGCUGGUAUAUGCAGCUGGCAAGGCCCUCCUAUUCAGACAUGGCUGCUCUCAUAGAGCUUGGAGAAAACCUUUUUAUUUAAAUGUUUUAAUUUUGAUUUUGUAGUGCCUUUUUUUGGAAAGCUGCUUUUCUGGGGGCUUUCGUCAACAACUCUGUUUUUUGGACUUGCCCGUGGCCUGGUGGCUAAGUUGCCUGUGCUGUGAUGGAAGCUGGGGAAGGGGGGUGGGUUAGGCUGUUUUAUUCUCCCCCCUCCUCACCAUCACUGUGCGCCAACCAGACUCCUGCCAAGAGGCUAAGAUAGCAUUAGAUAGGAGAGAAGGAGGUGGGGGCUCUUCCUGACAGUGGAAUACUUGAAAAACACUCGACUCAACUCUGUGUCGCUCUCUUUAACGCUGCUCACUCACUCUAUAGCCUGAACAGGUGUUUGGAAACUGGAUCCUGUCUUUUCUGAAUGUCUACAAAAUGUCAAAACACACACACACACACACCUCCCGCCUCCCCCACCCCACCACCUUCUUCUCCCUCUCUUCCCCCCAUGCCUGUUGCGGGGUGUGUGGCCCUCUUGACGUAUCUUUUUCUUUUUGCCUCCCGCCAUCUCACUGCUUGACACUACAUAGCCCCCGCCCCUGGCCUCCCUCAGGGUUUGGGGUGUGAAAUGCACAAUCAAUGCAAUAUUCAUGGACUCAAUUAUGUUUUUUAUUUUUUUAUUUUUUAUUUUUCAACAAAUAUUGUACAGCGUGUUUUUUUUUUUUUUUCUCUCUUUUUGUGUGUACAAUUCCCCCCCCCAUUUGCUUUUAAUUUAUUUGUAAACAUGUAGACAUUCCACACUCUGUGGCUAUUUAUUUAUUUAUUGUCUAUGCUUAAAAGCCCCCCUCCCCCCUACAAAAAUUUGCAUAUCCUUCUUGGUCUUUGGUUUGCAUUCCUAUAACUUAUUUUUACAUUUCGACAUGAGUUUUUUUGAGAUGUGGAGGAUGCACUGAAGCAGUUGUCGAUGUAAAGCAGAAUAAAAAAAGUUUACUUAAAUUUGAAAAGAGCAUUUGAAUGUUAUUUAACUACUUAAAAAAAAAAUUAAAAAAAGUCUGUUGGUAAUGUUGAAUGGCUAAGUAUCAGAGAAAUCCAUCUGGUUUCUGUACUGUCAAGAUUAAUUUGAGUUCUAUGGAAAGCUAAACAACAGGUGGAACAGCUUUCUUAGUUGUCACAUAGCCUCAUUGGAGACCUUUCAGUUUAGCUGUGUGACUUGUGGCUGUGAAGGAUGGAUAUUGCUAUUUUUUGAUACAAAAGUUUCAAUUAAACUCCCAUUUUUAUGUACAGAAAUAA